AUAAAAGACGGCGACAACUGACGACAACUUUUAGUCUGCCUAGUGUAGCAUACAAUUUCGGAGAGUUCUGCUGCAGGCCGUUCCGUUCUAGUCCUUUAAUCCGUUGAUAUCCCAGUCCAGAGAGGUUUCAGGUUCGAGUGUGUGUUGUGGCGAUGAAAGUGAAGUGAAUGGAUGAGAAGAUUCGAGGCAUUGGUUCGAUUAGAAUUUUUAAAGCAAGAGAGUAAUAGUGUAGAAAACAGUGAUAUAUAUGGUCAACAAAACAGACCAUUGCGGCAAAGUUCAGUGGAAUAAGAGCACCAGUCGCCGUCGCCACCAGCAGCACCGCCGCCUCCAUCGUUGCCGUCGUCGUGAGCAAGAUCAGCAGGAACUUCUGAUCGACAGGUCUAAAGCAAUCGUUGGCUGGUCCAUCUCCGUAUUUGCCAGUGAUCAUCUUAGCAGUUGUGGUCGGAGGUACUCCAGUUUAUAACGGCUGCAUUAGCUGAACGGCCGACGACAACGACUCAGCGCGAUCAUCGUUCGGCUAUUCGUCCUUCCCGCAGUCCGAACGUCCUUUUUCUUCUAUUUUCUGUUUUUCUUACGAGUAAUCUUCUGCUCGGCUCUUAUCUUUCCGCAAGGGUGUUUUGCUCCCAUCUAAUUCCAUUGCCUAAUUGAAUUUAAACCUCCUCUCCAUCACCCGCAAAGAGCUGCUGAAACACACAAACAAACGUGAACAGAAGGCGCGCGGGUGUCAUUGCGGUGUGCCGGCCAAUCGUUGUGAAAAAAGGAAAAGCAGUAAUCAAAUUAUUCAGUUGGUAUCGAUCGUUGUUACGUGCGCCAGGCAAAGUGAUAUAUAUAUAUAUACGUACGCACGGAACAAUCGCGCACCAUACGUGAGACUGGUGUGCGUGUGUAUGCGGGUGCGUGCGUGUGAAUGUGUGUAGCAACAAUUCCCAGUUAGACGACCCAGGAUCACUAGUCAGCGAAAAUCACGGAAGUGUGACCUCUGUACGCUGAUCUCAUCACAAGCAUCCAACCAUGGAGUGCUGCCUGUCCGAGGAGGCCAAAGAACAGAAGCGAAUCAAUCAGGAGAUUGAAAGGCAGCUGCGACGAGACAAACGGGAUGCCAGGCGAGAGCUGAAGCUACUGCUGCUAGGUACUGGUGAAUCGGGUAAAUCGACAUUCAUCAAACAGAUGCGUAUUAUCCACGGUAGCGGUUACUCGGACGAAGACAAACGUGGCUUUAUUAAACUAGUGUACCAAAACAUUUUUAUGGCAAUGCAAUCGAUGAUCCGAGCGAUGGACCUUCUGAAAAUACAGUACAGUGUUCCAGCGAAUUCGGAACAUGCGGAGCUGAUACGAAGUGUAGAUUUUGAAACGGUGACCACAUUUGAACCACCAUACGUUCAAGCAAUCAAGGAUCUAUGGGCAGACGGUGGCAUCCAGGAAUGCUACGAUAGGAGGAGAGAGUAUCAGCUAACAGAUUCAGCCAAAUAUUACCUUAUGGAAAUUGACCGUGUGGCAGCGACCAACUAUCUUCCGACGGAGCAAGACAUUCUGAGAGUGCGUGUGCCCACAACGGGUAUUAUUGAGUAUCCUUUCGAUCUGGAGGAAAUUCGGUUUAGAAUGGUUGACGUGGGCGGACAAAGAUCUGAAAGAAGGAAAUGGAUUCACUGUUUCGAAAAUGUGACAUCAAUUAUCUUCUUGGUGGCGCUGUCGGAGUAUGAUCAGAUUCUGUUCGAAUCGGAAAACGAGAACCGUAUGGAGGAAUCGAAAGCUUUAUUUAAAACUAUCAUCACGUAUCCAUGGUUCCAGCACUCGUCAGUAAUUCUGUUCUUGAACAAAAAGGACUUGCUGGAGGAGAAGAUCAUGUAUUCGCAUUUGGUAGAUUACUUCCCCGAGUAUGACGGGCCCAAACAAGACGAUGUCAAAGCGCGUGAAUAUGUCCUGAAAUUGUACCUGCGGGAGAACCCGGAUCCGGAUAGAAUGUGCUAUUCACAUUUCACUUGUGCCACAGACACGGAAAAUAUUAAACUUGUGUUUUGCGCGGUCAAGGAUACAAUUAUGCAAACUGCUCUGAAGGAGUUUAACUUAGCAUAAAUCUUGUUCAUUUAUGUUCAUUUUCGUCGGUUAAGACGUCCACAAUUUACUACUUGCCAGGCUCAUAGACAAUUAUAAUUUGUUUUUCUUUAUACAUAUUUCCGCGAAAUAAAGCAUAUAUGGGUUAAUGUUAAAAAGUAUGAGUGUUUGCAAUGUAUUUUUUGUAUUUUAAACGACUGAUUCAAAAUUCGAGCAAUUUUUUCCAGGCACAGUUGUGUAAUAACAUUCAGAAUAGUUUUUUAAUUGGAAUGGAGAGUCGUGCUCAUUACUGAAGCACUUGAAGCUUCUAUCUGUUUUUCUAUUUCUAAUAAAAAUCUGUAAUGCUCAAGUACUGGAAUAUUCAUUUGAUUUCCAAUAGUUUAACGCAACGGUAUUAGUAUUAAUAGCUUUCUUGGUAGUUCUAAGUUUAAACUUCCGCCUUUUCAACAACCAUCGCGUUGGCGCUUGCUUACAUUACACAUAUGCGGGUUAUUGUGAGGCAUGUAAACUGCUGAUAUCUUGUACCCCUUGUUGAGGUUUGAUUUUUUUUAUGAGUAACUGCCCCAAAAAGCAUAUGAUUGCUAACAAAAGCGGAUUGUCAUCGGAAGUGAACUCGUAUUUGCGUACUUCAUGAAAUUAGGUAUCGUAUGUCUAUAAAAAAAACGUAUAGUAUUCAACUAGAACAGUGGUCAACUGGGAGCCGCAAAGUGUGACCAGUGGACCGCAUAAUCAGUCGGCGUUACGAAGCUAGCUUGAAACACCAGAGCAUCGGUGCUAUAGACAUCCAACAGCAGAAUAUUGCAAUAAGCAAAGCGUCAUCUGAAGAAGCACUAGACAUGAAAAAAAACAAUGAACCACAAAGAUAAUCGGGGAAACUCUCAUCCAGCCGCUCAUUUGAGCCGGUUCGUCAGAACGAGCGUAUGAUCCGAAGAUCUUUACAAAUGAACAGCGGUUCAAAAAAAACCGCUUUCCAAAAGAGUCUCGCCUCAAAAAAGAGCCGCUUUUGGAAAGAGUCUCGGCUAAAAAAAAAGCCGCGGUUCAAAAGAGUCUCGGCUCAAAAAGAGCCGCGGUUCAAAAAAGAGCCGAAUCGUUCAAUGAACGAGCGGCUCAGCGCGGCUGAAAUGAACCGUUUUGCCCACCUCUACCUUGUAUACACAUGUACUCUGGCGAAUGAGCACGCUCCGAAAAACAGAUCAAAUGUUUUGUUGUCAGCACUGUUAUUGCAACAAGUUUUGCGCCGUGUUUUACGCCGUAUUUCUAUACCUUUUCUACACCGCGCUUGAAUCUGGUUUGCUUUCCCUGUUGAGUUAUUUUUGUCACACAAGCACAUAUGGAGGCGCGCUGUUGUUUUCAUGCUUUGCUUAGAACGAGCGAAGACAAAGCAAGCGCUAGAAUUUGAUGUGUGUGUGUGUGUGUGUGUAUGUGUGUGUGUGUGUGCGUAUAAAAUAGCCCAGCACAAAAGUGAGAAGCGAUGUUUAGUAUCUGAAUUCUAUGCUGUGUUCAUUCGGUGCUCUCUUGUUUAUGAAUUUGGUACCCUCCGUACCAAGAGAGAAUACGUGUGUGUUAUGAACACGCGCUGAUGAAAAUUGAACUCAAGCGCUGCGCAGCAUAUGUUUUCUGAAGACUGCUCUCAUCAUAUCAUACGUGGAAAAUGAUGAUCUUAGUUCUUAGGGAUCCAAGUUCAAUUGAAAUGCAGCAAGUCUCCUCAAACAAUACCGUGGAGGAACGACCCCCCGAUUCUCCGAAUUCCCCAACGAUAAAUACGAAACAUUACAGGAAUUAAGUAAUCCGCUUUAUUUACGAUUCAACUCGACGAAUCUACGGAUGUCGGGUGUUCUGCACCACUGUUGUUAUUUGAGAAGUGCGUUUACUCUGGCACUAUGAAGCCUAAGUUAUCUAGGCUAGAGACAAAAUAUGUUUUGAGUCGUAUGGUUUGCUUUGUAUAGAAUUGUUUUAGUUUGUAUCGAUGGCAUUCUAGUAAUAUUUGAUAACAAACCAGAAUUUCAGGAAAAGAGUUUGAAGCACACCCCAAAGAAUUCCUUUUUCCUGACUUGACGAUAUGCCCUUUCUGGCAGAACCAUACCAAAAACGUUUCUGAAAAUACUCUGGAAAAUCUGGAAUUCAGAAUAUUUCUUUAUUUAAGGAGCUGUGGCUAUAAUCGAAUCUCGAUAACACGUUUUCUCUUUUCUACACUACCUUGCGCUGAUUAAUUAUUCGUGGCAAAGAUUAGAGGCUGGUACCGAAAGGUCGGCUCUGGAUUUUUUUGCCACGUUUCAGGGUAUGACUGAGUUAUGACGAUGGAACAAAUGAAUUAGAUAAACAUUUUGUGCGGUAUCUCCCCGAAUUGAGACAAGAAAAUACUGCUUUAGUCCGCAACCCGUUUACUUUCUUUUGGAUUAGAUUAGUUCUCUCGAUGAAAUACUGGAUGAUUUUCAGGACAUGAGAAAUAAUUCAUGGUUCGUGAUUUGUUUGGUCUAAAUCGGGGGUUCUCGAACUAUUUUGGACAAGAGAUCCCUUUUCCAGAAUGAAGUCAUACCUCAGACCCCUAUUGCCAAAUUUCUUUAGUUUUUUUUCUAACUGAAUAAUUAUCAAUUUAAAAACAUUGCAGUUAGUUAAAUGAGUUGUGAUAUAAUCAGAACCUAUGAAAACCUUGGUUGUACUUCAGCUUGAGCUCCUCAUCUGUGCUGAUGACAAUCAAUUUUCUUAUUAUCACUUUGGCUCAUUUCAUGGUUGUGAUAUAUUACGGAUUUAUUAUCCAUUGAGGAAUUUGAAAAUUUUGAGAUCCUAAAACAUCUUAGUAAAAUCCUUGUUUAUGGCAUAAAGUUAUUUUUGACUGAUCAGUAAACGCUGAUAUAGUAUCCAGUCAGAGUGGACCAAGUGCAUACGACCAUGGUGAUUAGAGAGCGAAUAUUGAACUUCUCCACAUCAGAAGAUUCUUCCAUUUGUCCUUCAGUUAACACGGGAAAGUAACUCAUAUUAAAGCACUUUUCAGACAAUUCAUAGCAAUAGAAAUUGUAAUUACCAAACAUUUCAUGGUCGAUUUUAAAUCCAACCGUGGUCUUUCAUUGACUGCAGGUACUCUUUUCCAAAAUAUCGUGAACCCGUUUGCCGUUGAAUUAUACUUUUUUAGAAAGUCAUGAAUUGUACUUGAAAGUACAUACUAAUCGAUAAUUUUUGGUAAGCAAAAUACUGUUUUAAGCCAUUAAAUCGGUUUGUUUUAUUUUAUCAGAAUGGACCAAGUACACAUAGUCAGUCGUAAAACCCCCUUGAUUGACCUUAAAGAGGUUCUUUUUUGUCAUAAUACCUUUAACGACCUUGCUGAAGAGUAACUAAAAUCUAUAGAAAAAUAAUUGGGGGAAAUAAUUGGAAGCUACCAAAGCUACACAGCAAUAACAUAUCUUGGGUGUUCCGGAUAAGAAGCGUACGCGCUUACGUGUCUGUUAGCAUAACUGUGUGAGGCAACGUGCCGCGCUUUACUUUUAUUGUAUCAACUAUUUUCUAUGUACAAGAGUUUCGGCUAUAAUUAUUUUAGGUGUGGUCAGACGCAAUCUAGGAGACAGAGAAAGAUAGCUUCUUCGAGCUGCAAAAAGUAAAUAGGAAAAGGAAGUGAAAAUACACAUGUUGUCGAUACGCAACAUGUGUUUAACAUUUGUUACCACUAGCCAAGCAAACGGCAAAGCGGAAAGAAAACUAACGCACGACUCCACGCGGUGCACUUCGGGUAAUGCAAACAUAAAUAAUAAAUAGACUCUUGCUCCAGUAAGAGGCUUCGGCAUUGUAUGACACUUUAUGGUCGCAUUGCUCGGCACCCUCGUGGGAGUUUUAUUGCCUUAGGGGCCCUGACCAGUCUUCAGAAAACAAACGCAGCGCUGCGCUUGAGAUUAAUUUUCAUCAGCGCGCGCUCAAAGAAGACUCGUAUUCUCUCUUGGUGCGAAGGAACAAAAUUCAUAACCACGACAGCGCAAAAUGUACCCGGCGCAGAACUCAGAUACUAAACAUUUCUUCUCACUUGUGUGAUACGCGUCUCAUUCUAUACACACACACACACAUAUACACAUCCGAUUCUAGCGCCCGCUUUGUCUUCGUUCGUUCUAAGCGAAGCAUAGAACUAACAGCGCGCCCCAUUUGAACCGUAUACGCUUGUGUGAAGAAAAAUACCUCAACAGAGAGAGCAAUCCAGAUUCAAGCGCGCAGUAUAGAAAUAUGGUGCAAUCACGGCGCAAAUUUCAGCGUAAAACUCAGCUUAAAACUGGGCGUAAGAACGGCGCUGACAACCAAACAUUUCAUCUGUGUUUCGGAGCGUGCUCAUUCGCCAGAGCGCAUAUGUGCACAAGGAGCGGGAGCUCAAUUGGGUACAAAAAUCUUGUUGCGCAUCAGCACCGAGUUGCAUUCUGAAGACUAGCCCUGACUAUUAGCGAGAUGUGUGGCAUCUCAAGUAAUCAUAUUACACAGCUGCAAACUUUGAGUUCGAUUUACUCGAAAUCAAAUUUAUGUAAUAUAUUAUUUAUGUUAUUUAUGCGGUCUGAUUGAACAUCGAUCGUAUGAUAAUAUAACUUGGUCUUGACGCUUUUGUGAUAAUUUUGACAAAUGUGAAAACUGUGAAUAUUCUUUUCUGGUUAAAUUUUGUUUUUAAUGUUUUGUCAGUUACUGUUCCUGAAAUAAUUAAAAAAAUUGUUACGCCCAUGCACAUGUAUAACCAAGCAUUUAAUAAACAUUAUUCCGUUUGAAUGAUAUUUUUAACUCUUCUUCAAAUCAAAUCCAAGACAAGAUACAAACUUGACGAUAUGGAAUUUGCAUUGUAGCCAACGCAUCCUCGUAUUACGAUAUUAAGAACUAUAUGCGACGAUCUUUCAACAUUCGUGAUUGUUUUUCUCUUUCCUCGAAUAAUAAUGUUGAUUAUUCCAUAAUCAUCUUAAAUAACUCCAAUAAUAAUCUUCCUGGGCGGUUGUAGAGUAUUUGGACGCUCUUCAGGGCCUCUAUCCACAUCGAAUCACACUGAAAACUGCUGAUUGGUCAAUUUGUUUGCGGAUUAUUGAUAAAUAAUUGACCGCGCUCUGAAAUGUCAACACAUUUCUGAAAAUAUUUAUCGAAUGAAGAUAUAAUGAAAAAUAGUAUGAUACGUGUGUGUGUGGCCCGAACUGAUAACGCUUUGACAUACUCUCCACGUGGUUCCGGAAGUGUUGGAGGUAUAGCUCGUCCCAAGCCUUCUUCAACACAGCAAAAUGGUUUUUCUUGUUCGUAACGUCAGUUUUGUCCACCUUGUUGUCCGAAAUUGUCCAUAAAUUCUCAAUAGAAUUCAAGUAGGAGCUUUGGGUGGCCAAACCAUUGAUUUGAUCCGGACCGAUCGGAAGAACGCUGCUGUUUUCUUCGCAGUAUGCUUCUGGUUCUUAUCUUGCUGGAAGGUCUAGUCCUACUUUAAGCAUGGAUUCUUCAAUGUCGUUGUAAUCAUCGGCAGUUAUAAUACCGUUGACCUGCGCUAGGUUUCCCACCCCAGCCCACGAGAAACAGCCCCACACAAUGAUGCUACCACCACCGUGCUUCAUAGCUGGUUGUAGAUGCCGGUCCUGGAGACCCUCGUCGCUCUUCCACCACACUAGGAGUCGCUCGACAGCUCGAACUUAGACUCGUCCGAGCAAAUAACGCGCUUCCAGAACUCCAGCGGCUUGUUGCUAUGGUCCUUCCCAAACUGAAGUCGUCCAUUGUUAGCGUUGUUGAUCAUCGAUCGCUUCUUAGUGAAGUAGCUUUUCAGAUCCAUAAAGCGUCUCCGAAUGGUGCGAUAAGAAAGGUCCAGAUCCAACUUUUCUUUGAUCGCCCGAAUAUUCGUUCGUGGGUUUUUCUUUACAUUCCGGACGGUUAACGUGUCCGUUCUUGCAUCAGUUUAACAUUUCGAUUCUCUUCCCAGUCAAUCGGCCACGCUUCCAUGUAUUUGAUGCUUCCGAAUGACCAGCUGGACCGCACCCCGGCUUGCCUCAUAUUUCCCACCAGUGUUUCGUUGAGACUUCUUACGCUUAUUUCGGACCUGUGUUGAGAUAUACUUUCCAUCCAUUUUCCGGAAGCUUCCUCAGCGUUAAAAUCACGUCACUACUCACGAAGAGUUCAAUGAACAGCUACAAAAAUUAUUUUUGUGUCAGGAGGACCAUCGUGAUACUGCUGUUUUCCGUCUCGAGUACCACCAGGACUGGGCAAAAACGCAUAUAGCGCCAUCAAUUUGCUUAGAGGAGCUGUUUCCGGGUUUUUGUGGUUUCUCUUGGAGACUGGCAAUACCCACUGCUCAUCCCACCACACCGUAGACCGUAGAACCGAUUCAAGCCGGAAAAACGAUGUCUGACGAUAGAAUUUCUGACCUGAACAGGAGUUGAACCCGAAGCCCCCAUCUUGGCAAGCGCAACGCUUACUACUAGGCCAUGGGUAUCACCUAAGUCGAAAUCCUAUUUUCAUUAAUUUUGCGGCCACAAUUGCUGAGUCAUGAGCGGCCAUUCUUAACUUGUCAGAUUUUAAAAAUUAUACUUUCCAAAGUACAAAUCACAAUUAGGGUUGUGUUAUGUUAAUGUUAUAGGAACCUGUGUAACAUCGCACUAAAAUUCUUAAAAAUCUCUCUUGGCUAUCGAUAUACCGCCUGGUUAUGUGGUUCCGUUUCCGCUUCAGGUAGUAAUGUUUUGCAACAAAUUCAUCACGCUAUCCUUAUCGUCUAAUCUCCUGUCGCUAAUUUGAACACAAUAGCUUGCCCCAGUUCAUAUGCAGUCAAUCAACUGCCAUCGAAAUGACCAUCAGUGUUCAAAUGUUGAUGGUGUCCUAGAGUGGUCAUUGUUUUGAACGCCCUCGUGACUAUUUCUUAUACCACAUGACAACCAUUACACAUGACAUAAUUUCAUUUUUAUAGGUUUUUUUAUUCAUACUAAAAGUCUCUGCAGUGAUCUGGUUCGGUUACACAUGAUUAAUUGUCGCUGAUCUAAAUGAGCAUGCAGCCUCAACUCUUCAAUAUGUAUUAAGCGAAAAUCAGUCUUGAGUCAUGGUAAACGCGGGCUGUAUAGAAAAACCGAUGCAUAAUAACACAUUCCUUGGAAAAUGAAAUCUCUUUCAUAGCUGUUCGUUAACUAUUUUCAGUAUUAAAUUAAUAUUGAAGUUUAAUUAUUUUUUUUCUUUUUGAUUGUUAUAGCUUUUGUUUUCAAAAAGAAAAUUGUAAAUCAUUCCAUCAUCACUAUCAUGUUUGUCGACGAAUAGUACUUUUAAACAUUUUUCUUUCCUUCUCAAAACCUCACUAUUUAUCAAUACAGAUACCGAAAACAUUAGGUUUGUGUUCGCCGCCGUUAAGGAUACGAUACUGCAAUCUAAUCUAAAGGAGUACAAUUUGGUUUGAACUACAACGUCAUCUUCGUCAUGGUCGUCAUCGACGCCGUUGCCGAGGUACCGCCUCUGCUCUUUUCCUAGUACGAAUGGCAGCAGCAGCAGUAGUAGUAGUGUAAGUGGCCACAACACUAGCAUCACUAACAACAACCACCACCACCACAACAACCACGAUCAGCAUAAUCACAAUAAGGUAAACAACAAUCAUCACCCCCGUAACACAAUCCUUUGCGGAGACAAACACAAUUUUGAAAGGUACCACUGUGUGAUCUUCGUUGCCAAAAUAGUCGCAUCCUCGUCGUCGUCGUUGUCGUCAUCAACAAUAGCAAUAGCAUCGCCUAAGGGAAACGGUAUAUCGACGAACGCUAGGAAACCCGCAUUUCGUUGCUGUCGAAAUGGGUAAAACGUACUAAUACUACUGUUAGUGUGCAAGAAAAACAAACAAACAAACAAACAAUAGUAACCAUACACAGGAACAAAACGACCAUAAAGGGCAACCGGGAACGAAUCACACACAUAUACACACCACGCAUUGAAAAAACAGGAAAAUAUGGAAGCCCAUCGCGGAAAUACACUUUGAUACAUAGAACAUAUGGGGAAUAAAGUAUCAAAAAUCGAUAGAAACGAAACUAAUUGAGAGAAAGCUAGCUACGAAUGGAAUAAAUUCCAAUUUUUUUCAAUCGGAUCGCGGCACCCUUGAUUGAUCGUUUGGUUUAUUGAGAGCGAGGUAGUUAAAUUUGAGAUUAAGCCAUUACUUGCCAAUUCUGUUCAUAGCGAAAUGUAAAGCAAGCAAAAAAAACACAUUCGUUUUUUCCUCUGAACAAUAAUUCAACCGACACUGCGAAUCAGUCACUAAUGUUAGUAAGAACGAUUCCGAGAAGAAGUGGAACGGUUUUUGUAGUGGAUCUGUGGAAACAUCGAGGUAGUAGGGAGUGGUGGUUUUGUUUCAAUUUACUGACAAACUGUUGGGGAAUGAUUGAAACCGUUUUUGUUUUUAAUUUUAUGUGCAUUUCUUAACUGUUAGGAGUAUACAAGCUUAGGAUACCAAUAAGUGGCACCACUAACCAGCAGCGAAUAUAGAAGCAAGCGAUAUGGAAACACGAUAUGUAAACAGUUUGUAUAACAGAAGUGUUAGGGUUUCUUAUCUCUACUUCCAAUGCUUUUGUGAAUAAUCUCCACUCGAUUUGUAAAAUUUUAGUUGAUUGUUUUAGUCUGUACAGUCUUUUGUUUUUAUGAAUGGUUCAUAUGAUAUUUAUUUAAUUUAAUUUCUAGAUAAAACCAUUGGUUUACCUGUUUUAUUAGUAUCUUGUUUUGUUUUUUAUUUGAGUAAUAAUAAUGCUUUUUUGUCAUCUUGUACCGCUCCGAGGGAAUCGAUCGAGCGACAUCUAAAUCCAUAUGGCGAUAAAUCAGCACUUUCGUACAACUACUAGAGGUGCAUGUAAUGCGCUGACACAAAAAAACUAAACCGCACACCCACGCAUAACUAGUUACACAAA